AUGGAAGUCUUCUCCCUCCUCUCUGGCUCGGGUCUCAUCUUCUUCAUUUGGCAUAUGUGGCGAUACGACGGAUUCCGAUGCCUCAUCCCGACGCGUCAAGACUGGUUUCGCGCCCUCAUCUGCUACCUCAUGCUCGCAUCCAUCAGCCUCCUCUUCGCUUGCGGCCUGAUACAGAUGUAUGUCUUGUAUUCGCAGUACUUUGCCACCAUCAACGGUAUCACCCUUCCUAAACCCUGGACGCUCUGGCCCGAGAGGUUCCAGCAGCUCUGGCGAGAUAGUCUCUAUAUCCUCGCCAUGGGCUGGGCGUGUCUCCAAGCUGUUCAUCUCGAGGAGUUCCUCUACUGGGCCCAUCUCAUGUCGUCCAUCCGGUACCCUACCGGUCCCAAAGUUUCCUGGGUCCGCUCCGUCUACUUCAAGAUCUGGGUCGGAGGCACCCUGGCUGGGCUGGUGCUGCUAUACGGAGCGGUCAAUAUCGAGCGGAACGAUCUCGAGGUCAUGCGGUCGUACCUCUUCCUCGUCGGUGGAGCCUCUAGCGCAGUCCUUGCGAUCUUCUCCACAGGAUUGUGCUUCGCCGUGCCUUCGUUUGUCCGCACCGUCCGCUCCCAAGGUGCUUCUUAUGAGGUUCUCGACCGCCUCGCUUUCUUUGCAGAGAUGAACGGAAUCCGGACAGUCUUCCGAUGGAUCUACUCCAUCGCCUUUAUCAUCCUAUCAGCGGACGGCCUCUCCUCCGCCAAACCCAUCAACACCUCCCCCUUCGCGUCCGACCUCGUCCUCAUGACCGCCAUCGUCGCCGUCCUCAUCGUCGCCUGUCUCUCCGUCAUCCUCCUCCUUCCGCGAAACAUGACGGCCGAGGCUUUGCCGGCUACCGCCAUUCCCGCGAAGAUGCGCAUGGUCGCCUACCCCCGACCCCGCUUCUCAUCCGUCAACCCUCCGCACAGCGCGGCGCUCACUGCCAGCUCUGGAGGUGGGGGCCGCGCCGGGUCCGAAGUUCAGAUCGACCAGAUGGCGAUCCUCGGCCGGCGUCUCAAUCUCGACCGCGAAGCCAUGGGCGGGAUGACGGAGGACCUGCUCGAGCUGCCGCAUCAGGUUGCGCCGAAACCGCCCGCAAGUGCCUCGAGCGGGGCGAGCGCGGAUGGCGACUCGACGCGAGAGGGGUACAAGGCCAGUCAGAGCGAGGAGCACAUCUUUACGCAGCAGGCGGCGAUGGAGGAGGCGAUGGGCAGUACGGGCACGGGAAGCAAGAGGGCCAAGUCGCCAAAGACGGGAGUGAGGUGGUCGGAGGUCCCGAGUAUCUUGAGUAGGGAGAGGCAGGGAGCCGAGACGCCUCCGAUGCCGGCGGGGAGUAUGUCCCCGAGGAGGCCACCUAGGCCGAGCGAGAUAUGGGUACAUACCGAGGAAACUGUCAAGCGGGAUUAG